CCGGGGACUCGCGGCCUGCCCGGCCGUGCGCUGGGGAGCCAUGGCCGAGCCGCGGCCGGGGCUGGCGCUGCGCUUCCAGCGCCGCUUCCUGGCGGCGCGGCCGCUCUGCUCGCUGCCCUGGCCGGAACUCGAACAAAGCCUGCGGACUGCGCCGGACUCCGCGCUGCUGGCGGAUAUUCUGCACAAGACAAUUCUUCACCCUCUGUGUGUGAAAUAUCCUCCUUCGGCCAAGUACAGGAGGUGCUUCCUGACUGAGCUCAUCAAAAAGCUUGAAUCCACAGCAGCUGAACCCCUGGAUGAACUCUAUGAGGCACUGGCAGAUGUUCUAAAAGAAGAAGAAGAAUCUACUCACUGUUACAAAAACUAUUUACUGCCCUCGGGGGAGUGUGUGAGCCUCUGCGAGAGCACAGCGCUGAUCUCCGGGGGCACCACGGGGCUCCUCACGUGGGAGGCUGCCCUGCACCUGGCCCAGUGGGCACUGCAGAACCCCGGCCUCUUCAGGGACAGGACAAUCCUGGAAUUGGGGAGUGGGAUUGGCUUCACUGGAAUUGCCAUCUGCAAGACCUGCCAACCCGGGACAUUCAUAUUCAGUGACUGCCACCCCCGUGUUCUCAGACAGCUGAGGGAAAACAUCCAGCUGAAUGGCUUCAUCCCGGAGCCUGAUGUGACCUGCAGCACCCAAACAGAGUCCCAAGGACAGGAGGUGGAAGGACAGAACUGCCAAAACCCAAAAGUGAUUGUUGCUGAGCUUGACUGGGGCUCAGUGACAGAAAAACAACUGCUGGGUCUCAGAGCUGACGUUGUCAUUGCAGCAGACGUGGUGUAUGAUCCUGAGAUAAUUUUAGCCCUCAUUGGGAUGCUACAGAAACUCUCCACCUCCAGAGCAGACAGGAAAGCUCCUGAGGUGUUCAUUGCCUCCACAAUCCGAAAUCCAGACACGUAUCAGCUGUUCCAGGCUGAGCUGGAUAAAGCUGGGAUCAGGUGGCAGGUGAUUCCAGCCCACAGCAGCUGUAAUUUUCUCUAUGAUGUGCAGCCAGAUGUAACUAUUCUACAGCUAUUUAUAUAGGCUUGGCAAACAGAACUGGAAUUUUGAGACCAACAUGAGCUGUGUCAGCCUUGUAACAAGCUUAUCCUGAAUUCUGGAAACGAGGUUCUGAGGAUACAACUGUACACAUGGACACAUGGAGUCCUGCCUUCCUCUAAUUCCCAGCAUAGAUCCAAGCCUGCAGCUACCCCUGGGAAGUGACUGAACCUCAAGCAACAGAAACCAAAAAGCCCCAAUCACACUUCACGUGGAUUCUGUAGAAGACAGCAGAAUUCAAGCACGGUUUUUUCCAACUGUGUAGUGAUUUGUAAGUAUUGGGGACAAUCUACAGGAUCACAGGAUGAGGAUCUCUCACAGACAAGGGAGCAAAACAAUGUUUCGGAGUAAUCAUUGGGUUUUGAUAUUAAAACCAGCUGUAAUACUCUGGUCUGGUGUUUUAUGUCUGUGUAUACUUGCAGUUUGGGUUAGCUUAAAAACCCCCAAUAAACAGUGACCAGUACCUGUAGUUGUGUCCCAGGAUGACUCUGCUGUAAGAGCAGGUCACAGACUCUGCAGUGAUGACAAGUCAGAAUUGAUGUCCCUUUCUCUCACAUAAGGAGUGCCACUUCCACAGUGGCUGCUGGGAAUCUGGGCAGGGCUGGGAAUGGAAAAGGAAUCACUCUCCAUAGCAGUGUUCCAGGUAUCCUGCAAAGAGGAAUGACUGAGCUCCCAUGCUCUGAAACUUUCCAUCAUUCUCCUGAGUCAAUCAUUCUCCUGUCGGGUAGCAUUGGUCCUGAAGCACAAAAAUCAAAGUGAUGCUCAUUCUUCUGACUUCCUUUUCUCUAUUAAAAACUACUUAAAAGGAAAUGAAAACUUCAACCUCCUCCUUCUGUAGCAAUGGAGAGAAAACUGAUACCUAACUUGAAACCUGAAGAAUCUUCUUAUUCUUCAAGUUUAAGGAGACCAUGACUGCUGGGAUCAAGCAGAAAUCACACCAGCCCAGCCCCAGCCCUGUCCCCAAAGAAAGAGCUCAAAGGUGUUACUUCCAGAGUAAACACAAACUGGCAGCCCAUACAGGAGCUCCUUUAUCUCCCCUUACACAAAAUUCAAGACAAAGGUUC